AUGGAGCUUUCCGAGAUCAAAGAGCUGCCGAAGAAGCUCCUUCGGGAGAAGGCGGGUCGCACUUUCCGCCUUCAAGCUUCGGCCUCGAUGGAUAUGUGGUUGUGCGUUAAGCGAGCCAUCAAUGCUGCCGAGAAAGCGAAGAAGGCCUACAAGGACGGUAGGGCCAGGGUUGCCGAGGCUGGCAAGGCUAUCCAGGACCAUGCCAACUUGGCGAAGGAUUUGCAGGCUGCUGAACGGCAGGUCAGGGUUUAUGAGUCUAAGUUCGCCGAUCUGUCGGCAGCCCUGGAGUCGGCGCGGCUAUCGGCAAGGGAGGCUCUGGAGGUGAAGGAGGCCGUCGAGAUGGCUUUGGAGGAGUCGGAGCGGGCCAAGGCUUCGGAGAUCGAGGCUGCUGUCCAAGAGGCUAUCCGGAAGUACCGUCAUUCUUCCGAUUUCUCCACCUUGCUCGACAAGGAGGUGGGUUCGGAGAUGGUGGAUCUCAUCUACCGUUUUAAGCGGUACAACCUUAGGACGAAGCUGAAUUUGAACUUUAUUGCCGAUCCCCCUCCCCUUCCCGAAAUGAUAGAUGAGUAUGAAGGGGAGGACGCUCCAGGAGAGCAUACUGCCACUGGUACCGAAAAGGCAGAUGCCGAGGAGGCUACUUGA